AUGGAACCCAAAGAAACUGAUAAUAUAAUAAAUGAGGACAAUGUGAAAAAGGAAGAACCUAUAUUAUCUAUUGAAAAAUAUUUAUUAAAAGAGUUUGGUGAUGGGAAAACGAAUAAGAAGGAUGUUAUGAGAAAAUUGAGAAAGCGAAUAUAUAAUAAUAAAAAUUCAGAAGAGAUCCACAAAAAAUUGAAAGAAAUUCAUGGGAAUAGUGGUAUAUGUACACGUCAAUGGAAAGAGGGUAGUUUUGCUUUUAAAUGUUAUAAUUGUGAAGGGGAUCCAACAUGUGCUAUAUGUGCAAAAUGUUUUUUUGCAUCUAACCAUAAGAAUCAUAUAUAUAAGUUAACACAUACAAGUGGAGGUUGUUGUGAUUGUGGAGAUACAUCUUGGAAUAUUAAUGGAUCAUGUUAUGAUCAUAGAGGAAUAAAUGAAGAUUGUUUGAUUGAUAAUUGUAUAUUAAAUCUUGAUAUAAAAAACCGUGUAAGAGAAGAUUUAGAAUGUUUGAUAGGAACAUUAUUUAGGGAUAUAGUAUUAAAAGAUGGAUAUUUCAUAUCAUUAGUAAGUGCUGAUUAUAUAGAGCACGCAUUUGAUUUUUUUAAAGAUUUAGGUAUUACAAGUUAUUUAUUUCGACAAGUAAUAUGUGAAGUAUUUACAGGUGCCAAAACAGAUUUUUUAGUAAAUUUCCAUUAUUGUUUUUAUGUAGGUGUUCAGAAGGCAUUAUAUUCAUUGUAUUUAUCUUUAUUUGUUCAUCCAUAUUUUAAACAAAGGUUUGCUUUUAAGCUAGCUAAACAUUAUAAAUCGAUUGUUCGUGUUGGUGAUGAUCGUAUAUAUAAUGAUAAUCAUUUGAAUGGUUUAAGUGUUCAGGUAUUGACUGUUCCAGAAAUAGCAUAUACUUUAGUUAUAAAUAAUUUCUUGAAUGAUUUAUUAAAAUUAAUAGAAAAUUUAUGUGUAUUUAAUAAUGUAACAAAAUGUGUUAUGCAUAGAAAUUUCUUAAGAUCUGAUAUAGAAAUUAUUAUUCGUAUAUGUGUUGAUUUGAGAUAUUUGCUUUAUCAUCAUGAAAUUAUAAAAAUUGUAUUAUUUAAUAAAUAUGUUAUAAGAAAAAUAUUAAAAAUAUUAUCUCUCUUACAUAGAAUGAAUUCACAAGUUCGAUAUACAAAAUCACAUAUUAUAUAUGAAGACUUAUCUAGUUCUUAUUCAAUAACGAUUGAAAAUUAUUUGCUUCGUGUAUUUGAACCCUUAGCUAAUUUUUGUAAAAGAGAAGCUAAUGCAAAUUUUAGAAAUUUAUUUUUAUUGUAUCAGCUAACUAUUAGAGGUAUACAGAAAUUGGAUUUGUUCCCAUUUAAUAGAAAUAAAAAGGGGAGAUACAAUUCUUAUAUGAAUCAUAAAGGAUUAAAGGGAAUGAACAUUUCGAAAAAGAGGAAUAAUAAAGACGAUAAUACAACAGAUGAUAUGACAGGUGAGAGUGAUAGUAGUAGUACAAAUAACUUUGGCCGGUAUGGUACUAGUAAUUAUAAUAGGAAGACUUGUGUAUGUAAUUGUAGAAUGAAUGGAGAUGUUAAUAAUUCAAGAGGGUUAUCUUUAAAUGGUGAUAAUAAUAAUAAUAAUAAUAAUUGUGAGCCUAAAGCUCAUUUUCAAAGACAAAAGGGGAAAAGAUUGAAACAUCUAAGAUCUUUACACUCCCCAUUAAUUCGAUUUUUUAUGAUGAUUUUAAAUUUUGAUGUUAUUAAAAAAUGCUUAGAUGACGUAUACUGGUAUAAAUAUUUAUAUUUAAGAAGGGUUUAUGAGAAAAAAAGGAAAAAUGAAAAAAAAAAAAACAAAAAAACAAAAAAAACAAAAAGGAGUUAUAUAUAUAAAAGUAAUGAAUAUGAGAAUGAUAAUAAAAAUGAAGUGUCUGAUAAGUGUAUUGGAAAUGAUGAUGAUAAUAAAACAUAUAAUAAAAUAUACAAUAAUAAUGUUAAUAUUAAUAAUGAUGAAUAUAUAAUAAAUGAAUUUAUUAGGGAUUUUUAUUCUAUAGAAAAGCAUUCAGAUGAAAUAAUAAAUCAAAGAAAAAUAUUACAAGAAAGAUAUGAAAACGAUGGAAAUAAUAUGAAGAUAGCACUUUUUCAUUUUAAGAAGUUUUUUACAAGUAAUGAUGAUCAUAAGAAUGAAAAUUUAGGAAGAUAUAUAAAUGAACAUAUAAAUAUAGAAAGUGAUUAUUUUAAAUGGAUUAUGAAUAAUAAUUCUACUUCUAAAAUAGAAGAAUGUAAUAAUAAGAAUCGAAUAAAAUAUAGAGAAACAAUACAAGAAAAGAAUAUAAAAAUAAAAUGUAAAAAUAUAUAUAUAGAGAACAAAUUAAAAAAUCGAAAAUAUGAAUUUAAUGAAUUUUUGGAUAUAAAAUAUGAUAAAAAAAAAAAUAAUAUUUAUUUACAUCCUUUAUAUAUAGAUUUAUAUAUGAGAGAUAUAUUUGAGUUUUUAAAUUUAUUUGAUUUAAAAUUAUUAAAAAAUAUUCUAUUUAUAAAUAUACAAAUAUUAACAUUUAUAUAUGAAAUUAAAUAUGGUUACUGGGUAAGAAAUGGUCCUCAAAUGAUGUUCCAGGUUGGAGAAUAUGAUAAUUCGUUAUUUUUUCAAAAUGAUUUAAUAGGUAUUCAAUUUGCUAUAAUAAUGAUGAAUAUGUUACCUUUAUAUGAAAAUCAAACAGUUCAUUUAGAUGAAGACGUCUUAAAUUUAUUUCAUCAAAUAUGGAAUAUCAAGAUUGAAUACAAUGAACCAGUUAAAGAAUUACCAUGGUCAAACAAUAAGCAUAGCCAAAUAAAAUAUGACCCAAUACAUAAAUUUGAUGAUGAUAUAUAUAUAAAUGAAAAGGUUUAUGAUAAUACUAAUGAAUAUGUAGAUACAUCCAAAAAUUUUAUAUAUAAUGAUAAUUUUCAGAAUCAUGAUAAUACAUCACAACAGUUACAAGAUAAUAAACCUUAUUAUAUGAAUAAAAUAAGAUUUAUAAAAAAAAAUGAUGAAUUUUUUGAAGAACAUAUGAAAAUGUAUGAGAGUAUGCUUAUAUAUAAUAGAAGCACAAAAUUACAUGAUAAUAUCUUACAAGGAAAUGAUAAAAAAAGGAAUUUAAAAGGAAACUAUAUGAAUCAAAAUGAUGGUGAUCAUAUCAAAUUACUUUUUGGAAUUGAUAAAAAUGGAAGUAAUAAUAAUGUGCACAUAAAUAAUAAUGAUGUGUCAGAUAAUAAGGUUGAAUUUAAAUCCACAUGUGAUAUUUUAAGUAAAUAUUCAUAUAAAGAAUUAAACGAAUUAGAGGAUGAAUCGAAAGGGUUGGAUUGUGAAGAGAAAUCAAACCCCUUGUUAAGAGGAGCCCAAGAGGUAUUAAGCUCGAAUAAUAAAAAUUCAAACAAAUUAAAUGAUAACAAUAAUAAUGAUAAUAAUAAUGAUAAUAAUGAUGAUAAUAAUAAUAAUAAUAAUAAUGAUAAUAAUAAUAAUAAUAAUAAUAAUAAUGAUAAUAAUAAUAAUGAUAAUAAUAAUAAUAAUGAUAAUAAUAAUAAUAAUGAUAAUAAUAAUGAUAUAUAUUGUAAUAUGUUUAAUGAAAAGAGUCAUUGUAAGGAGUCAUCUAUAAAUAAAGAAUCAACAAAAAAAAAAAAAAAAAAAAUAAAUUGGAAUGAAUAUUUAGAAGAAUUUAUGAAUUUAGAUAUAAGAAAUCCAUUUAUUAUUUUAUAUCAAUUAAUAUUUAAAAAUUUUCGUAUGGAUUUAAAAAUGAGAAAAAUAAAUGAUAUGUAUAUAGAUAUAGAAAUUCAUCAUAUAAAGAUUGCAUUUCAAACAUUUUAUGAUUUAUAUACAAAUAAAUCUAAUAUGGAUUCUAGAAAAAUUAGUGAUAUAUUUUAUUUUCAAUUUUUUUAUGAUAUAAUUAUACGUAUAUUUAACGAGUUAUAUUAUUUAGAAUAUAAUAAUAUACCAAGAAAAACAUCUUAUCAAAAAUAUAUAGAAAGAGGUAAAUAUCAUGUUAAGAAAAUAUUAAUACAAUUAUUAGCAUCAAAAGAUUUUCAAUAUUUUCAACUAGAAAAUGUAUUUCCUAAGCAAUUUAAACACCAUCCAAGUUUUUAUGAACUUGUUAAUAAAUAUGGUUAUAAAACACAUAUGCCUAGAAGCAAUGUUAAUUUGAUAAAAUUAAAUAAAAAUUCCUGGUUUCUAUAUGAUGCAUUUUGGCCUCUUUCAGAAUUUAAAGAUUUUCAAACAGCCAAUGAAAAAUGCAUAAAAGAAGAAAAUUCUACUUAUAUUGGAUGUUCAAGAGAAGAAGAUAAAGAAUAUUUAUAUUUCUCAUUUAGAAAGAUACAAAAUUUAUUAUUCUAUACAUUUAAAAAUAGUUGUCUCGUUUCUAUACUUUUAAUUGUAUUUAUUAUUAAUGAAGAAUUUCAGAGAAAAAUCGAAAUAAAAAAAAAAGAAGAAUUGGAAAAAAAAGAAAUGAAAAAGGGUGAUCAGACAAAAAUGACUGGAGAGGAAGACUUGUCGAUUGAUCAAAGGUGUGAUGCAACUAGUAAUAAUGUGUAUGAACGAGGAGGGCAGAAUGGUGAGGAAGGAACUGAAUCGAGUGGAAUAACACAGAAUGGAAUGGAUGAUAAUGAUGAUGAGGAUGAUAAUAAUGAUGAUAACACCAAUGAUGAUAACACCAAUGAUGAUGAUGAUGAUGAUGAUAAUGCUUCAAAUAUGAUAAAUAUCAUAAACAGUGAUGAUAAUAAUUCAGUAAACAAUUCUAAUAAUACAAAUAGAGUCGUAAAUAAUAACAAUACUUAUAUUAUUGUAGAUCAGAAUGGAGAUAAUGAAACCUUAUUUGCAGAGAUAUUAAUAAAUCGUAAUCCUAACAAUUCUAUAAAUAUGGAAAUAGUAAAUGUGACUGAUAAUCAUGUUGGUGAUGAAAAUAAUAAUAAUAAUAAUAAUAAUAGAAAUUAUCGUCAUUUGAAUGCUGAUGGUUUAUCUGAAUUAAUUAGAAGUCUUAUAAGUGAAAAUAAUAUUAUCAAUAAUGUAAUUGAUGAAUCCUUUUUACAAAAUAAUAAUAUAAAUGAAAAUUCUAUAAAUAAUAAUGAAAUAAGAAAUAGAGAUGUAGGAAUAAUUGAUGAUAAUAUAUCUUUUGAUAAUAAUUCUUCUAUUGAUGAAUUGAAUAUAUUAGAUUCUGAAAAUCCAAAUAAUACUAUAUUUAAUGUAUAUAAUAGAAGAAAUGGGUUAUAUGAUUUUAUUUUUUCUUCAGAUGCAAAUGAUUUUUUGAGUAACCUGAAUACACAUAAUAUGAAUAACACAAUAGAUAUAUUAAUAAAAAUUAUAAAAAUUUUGAGUAUUGCUAUGGGUUCAGCUCAUCCCUUUACUGAGUUAAAUAGUUUUUAUUAUUUUAAUGGGGAGAAUUUUUAUGGCACAGAUGAUUAUGAUGAUGAAAGUGAAAACAGUGAAGAUAUUGAAACAAUCCAAUUUUAUGAUGAAAAAAAAUUUUGUGAUGAAAAGAAAUUUUAUGAUGAAAACAAAUUUUGUGAUGAAAAGAAAUUUUAUGAUCAAAACAAAUUUUGUGAUGAAAAAAAAUUUUGUGAUCAAAACAAAUUUUGUGAUGAAAAAAAAUUUUGUGAUGAAAAAAAAUUUUGUGAUGAUAAUGAUAGUCUGUCCUCCAUAUCAUCAAAUUCUUAUGAUGAAUUAAUAGAUUAUUUAGAAGAGGCAUACAUGCUUAAAAAUUAUUCAAAUGAUGAAACACCUGACAAAAAUGGCAAUGUUCAUAAUAUGAGGGAGUGUGUUAAUGAAGACAGUAUGACAUAUUAUAAAGAUGGAUCGAAUGAAAAAAAAGAUAUAGUCGAAAUAGAAAAUGAGAAAGAGAGAUAUUUAAAUAUAAAUGAUAGUUCGAUGAAUGGAAAUUAUGAUUGUGUUACACAGUUGAAAGAUGAAAAUAAAAUGUUAAGAAAUGACAACAACAAUAAAAAUAAUGACAUAAAUAAUAAUAAUAGUAGUAGUGGUAGUAGUAUUUGUCGUAAUAAUAAUUAUUAUUAUAAUAAUAUUAACUAUGAUGAUGACACAAAACCAUAUGAAGCAAAAGAAAAUAACAAGAAAUUGGCCGAAUAUAAUAAUAAUGAAAAUUUAAUUUUUGAUUCUAUUAAUGUAUUAAGAAAAAAUCAUUUAAAGAAAUUGAAAAAUUAUGUCUAUAAAAAUAAAAAGCGUUACAUAUAUUAUGAUAAUAAUAAUAAUAAUAAUAAUAAUAAUGAGGAGGAAAAAAAAACAUAUAAUGACAAAAAUUUUGAAAAGAAGGAAAAAGAAUUUUAUGCCAUAAGUAAAAAUUUUGUUCCUAAUUUUAUAAAAUGUAUUAAUAAUAUAAAUGUAAAUGAAGAUAAGUGUCUUAUAAAAGUAAGAGGUACGAUUUUGAGCAGAUUAAAAGUAAUAUAUUCUGGAAAUUAUGAUUGUAAAAAUAAUAAUGAUAAUAAUGAAUUUAUAGAAUUAGCAAAGAAAAAACAAGAAGAUCUAUUACAAAGUAUGAAAGAGCAACAAUCAAAAUUUAGUAAUUUUUUAGAUGCACAAUAUUUAUCUGAAGAUGAUGAUGUGUCACGAAAGGAGGGCCUUGAACAUUUUGAAUAUAUGGAUUUUGUUGAUGAUUCUUAUAGUGAUAGUAAUAGUGAUAGUAAUGAUAAUAGUAAUGAUAAUAGUAAUGAUAAUAGUAAUGAUAAUAGUAAUGAUAAUAGAUACCUUUCAAAUAUUAUAAAAAGAAAUAAAGAAAAGGAAGAAUUAUCUUCAGAUAGUGAUAAGUUAAAAAAAAAAAAAAAAAAAUUCAAAGGCAUAAGCAUUUGUGAAUAUGAAAAAAUAAAAGAAAAAAAUUGUAUAUGUGUUCUAUGUAAAGAAGGAAUGUCUAAAAAUAAUUUAUUAGCAUAUAUAUGUUUUUCAUCACAUACAAAUUUAUUAAAAAAAAUUAUAAAAAAAAAUAAAUUCGCAUUUCCAUGUAAACAUCCAUCUAUAUACACAUGUGGUCAUUUUAUACAUACAAAAUGUUUACAUAAUACAAGGAUAUUAAAAUAUAGAAAAUUAUUUAGUGUAAAGAAUGAACCAACUUUAUAUGAAUUCACAUGCCCUUUAUGUCGUUCUAUAGCUAAUAGUUUUGUUGUUUAUAUACCAAAAAGAUUUAUAUCAGAGAAUGAUAAAUAUAGAGUAUAUGAUUGUAAUGAGGAAGAAUUUUUUUUAGAUAACUCAAAUAAAAAUUUGUCAGAACUUUUGAGCAUUUCUAAAUAUUCAGAAGAAAGACAUUAUCGAAUCAAAAGGAAGGAAGAAAGGGAACAACAAAAAAAAAGUAAAAUGAUAAUGAUGAAAGAAAUGAAGUGUCAACGAAAUGGGGGAGACACAAAUAAAUUAUAUGACACAAUAAAACCAAGUGAGAUACAAAAUAAUAUUGAGGUAGACACAUUUACACAUAAUAAUAAUUAUAACAAUAUAUUAAAUGAAAAUUUUCAGGGUGAUAACAAUAUGGAACAAGAUACAGAGUUAUUAAAAUAUAUAAAAAAUAUAAAAGAUACUACGAAUAUAUCUAUCAAAAAAACAGAUAAUAUGUUUAGAAUACAAAAUGAAAAUUGUGAUGUUCAUAUCAAUAUGGAAUGUGAAGAUAUAUAUGAAGGAGAUGAAUUUUUAUUAAUGAAUAAAAACAUGGCAUCUUAUAAUUAUUUGAAUGAAGAUAUAACAAAGGAUACAUUACAAAUUGAUAAUAUUAAAGCAGAUGAGAAGGAUUUAUUAAUUGAUCCUAAUUUUUUGAAAGACCAUAAUAAAUUUUAUAAAUAUCCAGUCAUAUUAAAUGAUUAUAUAAUACCUAGAUAUUUUAAUGUAACAAAUAAUGAUUCUAUAUGGAACCAUUUUGAAAAUAAAAAAAAAAAAAAAAAAGAUAAUUUUUUGAAUGAACAUGGUGAACAUGAAAAUGGUGAUGAUGAAAGUGGUGAUAAUAACAACAAUAUUGACAAUUAUGAUGAUAGUUCUGAAGAAAGUUGUUCCACUUUAUCGUCGUGCUCAUCAAAAAAUAGAUCAGUUGGUAAUUAUUCUAAUGAUAGUGAUAUAGCUGAAGAAUUUCAUUUUAAAUAUAACCAUGAAAAGAAUAAAAAUAUCAAUAGGAAGACAAAUCAAAAAAAUAAGAAAAGAAAUUUAAAUGAAAAUCAUAAAGACCAUUUUAAUGUGAACAAUAGUAAUAAUAGUCAUAAUGUGAUGAAUACUUAUAAUUUUUUUGAUGAAAAUAAGAAGAAUGCAAUCUUUAAUUUAAAUUUUUAUAACCUUAUAGAAAAUGAUUCUUUAAUAAAUGAUAUGUUAUCAUAUGAAUAUUAUGAAAAAAAUAAAAAAAUUAUUUUAAGAAAUAUAUAUUUAAAUGAAAAUAAUAUGUAUGAUGAGUUAUUUGAAAGAAAUAAAAGUGAAAAUGAUAUUGGAAUAUAUAAUAACAUUAUAAAUGAUAAAGAUGAUAUAAAUAUUAUGUAUACAAAUAUGAAUAAGGAAAAAGAAACAACAACAACAACAAUAAAAAAUAAUAAUAAUAAUAAUAAAAUAAAAAGAAGAAGAAAAGGAAGAGGUACUGAAAUAUAUUUUUAUAAAAAUACAUCUAAUUAUAUAAAUAAAGAUUAUACAUUUACAUAUAGAAAUUCAAAUUAUUAUUAUCGUUCAAAAAAUGGGUUCUUGUCUUAUUAUGUUAGUUUGCCUUUAUCAUUUAUUAAAGAAAUACAAUAUUUUAUGAUAAAAAAUAAAUUUUUUAAUUACCCUGGAAAUAAUAAAUAUAAUAAAUUUUAUAUAACAGCAGAUGUAGAUAAAGAACAAAUAAAAAAAGAAGAAAUGAAAAUGAAAAUGGAAAUGAAUAUAAAUAUGAAUGUGGAUAUGAAAAUGGACACAUCCAUGUUUUAUAAUAUUGAAGAUAAAACUAGAAUGAAUGAAGAAGAAUAUGAUACUAUCUUACAUUAUGAAAUGACUAAUCAUGUAUUGACAUAUAUAAAAUCAAAUUUUAAUUAUGAAAGAAUAAAUGCAGAUGAAAUUGUUCAAAAAUAUGAGGUGUGUGAUUAUAACAAUAAUGGUAGUAUUAAUGGUGGUGAUCAAUCAUAUAAUGAAGAAAAGGAAGAUUAUUUAAUAUCUAAACAGAAAAUAAAAGACUGUUCAGAUGAAAAUGAAACCGAGCAGAAAGAAAAGCGAUUGAAAUUAAGACACGAAGAAAAUAAUAAUAUUAAUAAUAAUAAUAAUAAUAAUAACAAAAGAGAUAUAAUAAAAUUUAAAUAUCCUUGUAAUGUUGAAGAUAUAAAAGAUCAUAAUAUAUCGAUGAAGACAUGUUUAUCUGUAGAUAUAUAUGAAGGUAUUGUAAGUACAAAUAAAAAUAUAUAUGAAAUAUAUAAUGAAUUAAAUAGGAAACAAUAUUUUUAUUGUGUAUGUGAUAUAAAAUCUUUAAGACAAUCAAUUAUUUUAUUAGAUGGUAUAUCUGAAAUUUCAUGGAGAAUAUUACAUCAAGAACAUACUACAUUUUCAUCUAUAUUACAUCAUUCAGAAAAUUAUAAAAAAUUAAUUGAUUUUGAUUAUAAUACAAAGAUAGAUGAUAAUGAUGAAGAUAUAGAUAUAAAAGGUAUCGGCGUUAAUGAUUUAUUAAAAAUAUAUCGUCGAUUAGAAAUAUAUCCAGAUUUUAUGUUCAAUAAUUGCAAUGUGGGUUUUAUUAAUAAACAUGAUUUAAAAUUUAUUACUAAAAAAGAUCUUCUUUUAAUGAAUAAAAAAGAAUAUGAGAGAAAUAAAAAAGAAAGACUAGAAAAAUUGGAAAGGAGAAAAAAAAAUAAAAAUCUUAAUAAUAUACAUUCACAUAAUAAUAAUAGUAAUAAUAAUAGUAAUAAUAAUAAUAAUAAUAAUGUGAAUGGCAACAACAACAACAAUAAUAAUAAUAAUAAUAAUAAUAAUAAUAAUAAUUCUUUUAAUAGCAUCAGUGAGAAAAAAGUAUCUUAUAAAAAGAAAAAGAAUAGAAUAAAUCAAAGCGAUGUAUUAAACAUAAAAUACUGGAGAAAUAUUAAUACAGCUAUCGAUUUUUUUAAAAUAUAUUGGAUUUUAUAUAAUGAGAUAUUAAUAAAUAUUUUUUAUAAAAAUAUAAAUUAUGUAUCUUGUAAUAAUAUGAUAGAAAUUUUAGUACGUAAUUUAUAUUUAUAUAAAUAUGAAUUAAAUAUUUUAAAAGAAGAUAAUAUUUCUAAUCUUUUUAAUAUUCAAACGUGGAAAAAUAUGUAUAAGAUAUGUUUUUUUUAUGUCUAUCCUUAUAGAUUUACAUUUAAUAAAUAUAAAAAAUUUUUUGAUAAAAUCAAGAAAAUACAUUUUUUAAAUAAUUUAUCUUUUAUUCCUUUAUCAGUAGAUGUAUUAAAAUUAUUUAUGAAUUUUUUUUUAAAUCAGUAUUUAUAUACUCCAUCCUUAAUUAAACAUUUUAUUUCUAUAUCUUUAUUGAUAAUAUCUUUUCAGAUUAUGAAUGAAAUAUUUAUAAAAGAGAUAUCCAAGACAUAUGUGCGAUUCAUUUUUAAUAUCAUAAAAAAUUAUCAACAGACCAAGAAAUAUAUCGAUCGAAUAUCUAAACAUAUAUAUUAUCAAAAAAUGUAUAGAAAUUAUAUUAUCAACUUAGAUGAAUAUGUAGAAUAUAUUGAAAGGGCCAAUACAUUUUAUUACUCACAAGGAACACAAAAAACAAAACAAAAAGAAACAUCGAUUUAUUAUAAUAAUGAAGAGGAAACACAAUCUUUAAAUGCUUAUGAUAAAUUUCAUAUUUAUAUAUUCGAAAGAUAUGUAAAAAAUUCAAUACUUGGGGGAGAAAAUAUAACUUUAAAAUAUGUGAAUGGUCAAUAUAAAUUAUAUGAUAAUAAUCAAGAGGUAAUAUGUAUGAGUGAUUUGAAUCAGUUUAAAAAUAUAAAAAAUAUGUAUUCAAAGAAGGCAAUGUAUAUUAUAAAAAGGAAGAAUAUAACACGUGGUGGUAAUAAUAUAACACUUGAUGAUAAUAAUAUAACACGUGGUGGUAAUAAUACAACACUUGAUGAUAAUAAUAUAACACUUGAUGAUAAUAAUAUAACACUUGAUGAUAAUAACAUACCAUGUGGUGAUAAUUAUUGGAAGAGCCAGAAUUUAUCAUCUUAUAAUGCUCUAAUGAAAUCCUUUUUAGAUAAAAAAAAUUUCUUCUUUAUUAUAGAUAUUGUGAACUUAUUUAAAAAUAUCCAAGCACUGUCAUAUUUAUUUGAUGAAGAAACAAUAAGCUAUAUACAUUUAAUUAUUAUGAAUAGUAAAAUAUUAUCAUAUGAUUUAAAAGAAAUAAGAAGAAAAGAAAAGAUUCAAAAAAAAAUGUAUCCAGAAUUUACAUCAUAUAUUAUAAAAAAAAAAAAUGAAAAUAAAGUAAACUUUUAUAAAUAUGAUUUACUAUAUAAUGAAAAGAAAUGGGUAUUAUAUCUUAUAUAUAAAACAAUAUUAAAAUAUUAUGAUAUGAUUAUAUUUAAGAAGAAUGUUCAAAAGCUUAUGCUAUUAAUGUGUGAAAUUAAUGAUGAAUAUAUAAAAUAUAUUUAUUUUAAUGGUUAUAUUCCUAUAAAUAUUUAUUUAAGUACAAAUUUAUUAAGAUAUAAUGAAUUCUUUACAAAUUAUUAUUCAUAUAUAUAUAAUAAAAAAGUUAAUAAUAAGUGGGGUGAUUUUCAUGUUUUAUAUUUUCAAAAUGAAGAAAAUAAUAUCAAGAAAGGAAACAAAAAAAAGUAUUCUUCUCUUUUUAAAAAUAAACAUGUUUUAAAAAGAGAUUAUAAUCAUAUUGUAAGUAAUAAUAAUGCACAAUCUAAUAAUAUUAUAAAUGAUCAUAUAAUAUCUGAUGAAUGUAUGAAUUCAAAUAUGUCUUAUCAUAUAAAUUCAAAUGUAUUAUCUUCAAAUAAUUAUAUGCAAGAGGAACAAAAUAAUACUCUCUCAAGUAAUCUUCAUCAUCAUCCACAUAAUCUAAUAAUAAAUAACAACAAUGAAAGUGAUAAAGAUAAAGAUAUAGAUACAAAGCAUUAUAACAAUAAUAUUAAUAAUAAUGAUAAAGAAUUUUGCACAGAAUUAAAUUUAUUUAAAUAUAAAUUAUAUAAUAUAUCAAGUGAAGAAAUUAGUAAUUUAUAUUUAAUAGAAGAUUUUAAUAAUGAAAACGAAUUAUUUUCAUCUCUUACUAACAAUGAAGAUUUUGAAUAUAGAAAUGUAAAUAUUUUAAAUAUAUUAAAAUAUAAAUUUGAGCUUGUUCCUUAUAUUAAUCAUUUAUAUUAUCUUUAUAAUUUCUAUCCAUUAUUAUUUAAAUUAAAAGAAAUUAAAAAUAUACAUGAUAUGAAAGAAAAAAAAAAUAAUGUAUGUACAGAUGAGUUUUUAUUAUCAAUAGUAGAUAAUGAUAUUUAUGAAACUUAUGAUAAUAUAAAUUUUUCUGAUGCUAGUUUUUAUAGUGAUCAAACUAUUAAUGUUUCUCAAAAAGAUUAUGAACAUGAAAUUUAUAAAAGCCAUACAUAUGAAUGUGAUAGUUGUCAACCUCUAAACGUAUCGCAUAGAUCUUAUCCAUAUAAACAAGAAAAUGGUGAAGAAGAAGAUACUUGGCAAAUUAAUUCUUCAUUAAAUAUAUUCGAAAAUAUUGUAGAUCUUGAUGAACUCAUAAAAGAUUUGAAAAAAACAAAAAAAAACAAAAAAAAAGCUAUCAAAAAUAAAUAUGCUGAUAAAUUAUUUAUCUCAUUUUUUAAUACAGCAUUAAAAAUAGAAGAACAUAAAGGAAACAAAAAUUAUUUACAAUGUGAGAAAUUAAAGAAUAUAUUAUCAGACCAACCAAAUGACAAUAUAAAUGACAAUAUAAAUGAUAAUAUAAAUGACAAUAUAAAUGACAAUAUAAAUGACAAUAUAAAUGACAAUAUAAAUGAUAAUAUAAAUGAUAAUAUAAAUGAUAAUAUUUAUAGUUAUGAUAACUCAGCUUCUCAUAUAUUUAUAGAUCCACAUAAUUUAACACAUAUAAAUAUAUCACAAGAAUUAAAUAAUAAUAUAAAUAACAAUAAUAUAAAUAAUGAAAAAAAUAAAGAAUCUUCAUCAUAUGAUCAAAAUAAUAUUGAAAAUGAAAAUAUACAAAAUAGUUCAUCUGAUAAUUCAUAUGAUGAUUAUUCAAAUUUUAUAUCAUAUCAUGAUAGCAUAGAUUCUUCAAGUAGUACAGAUAAAUAUAAUAAAAGAAAAAUGACACCUAUGGAAACCAUGUUUUUAAAAUAUACAUUAAAUACAUCAGAAGAUGCUAUAUCUAAUAAAUAUAAUGGAAGUAACAAAAAUAAGAAUAAGAAUAAAAAUAAAAAAGAAUAUUUAAGCUUUCUUAAAUAUAAAGAUGCAAAUAAAAUUCAACGUUAUCAUAUGUUAUUAAGAAAAAAUGGACUUGGAAGAUUAUUUUUUUAUAAUUUAAGAAAAAUGUAUACUUAUGUUUAUAAUCUAUAUGAUUUCAUACCUCUUUAUCUGAUACAAAACAUAUUAAUACAUUAUCAAGAUAUAUAUCAAAAUGUAAAUCAAUAUUAUUAUUAUGAUCAUAAAGAACAACCAACCUUUUUUAGUCAAUCAAAUCUAGAUGAUGAAUAUGAACAUACAAACUUUUCUAAAGAUUUUUUUAAUACAAAUAAAUGGAAAAAAAUGUAUUCCAAAUAUGAGCAUAAACUAAAUAAUGAAACAUAUCCUGAAUCAAAAAAAGAAAAUAUAUCAUAUAAUAAAGUAACACAUAAAGACAACACUUUUUUAAGAUAUCAACAGUCGCAAAAUGAUCAUAUGACGAAUAAUUAUAAUAUUCAUAAUAAUCAUAUCGAACAAAAAAAUAAUAACAAUUCAUACCUUUUUAAUGUUCAUAAUAAUAAUUCCUAUUCUCAAUUAUCAUCAAAUAAUUUGGUAAAUAUUAAUAGAACUUUAAUCAAUGAUCCUAUGAACAUAACACAACAACAGAUGGAAAACAUUCCACAACAACAGAUGGAGAACAUUCCACAACAACAGAUGGAAAACAUUCCACAACAACAGAUGGAGAACAUUCCACAACAACAGAUGGAGAACAUUCCACAACAACAAAUGGAGAACAUUCCACAAAUGUCUGAAUGUAAUUUAAAUCCUGAACAAAUGAAAAAUGAAAGAAUGGAAUUCUCUGUAAAUAAAAAAAUAAAAACAAAUCAUAACAACACAACUGAUACCAAAAAAAAUAAUGAUACAUACAAUCAUUCAAGUAGUACGAACCUUUUUGGAAAAAAUGAAGAUGAUCAGACAUCAUCAUAUGACGAUUAUAUAAAAAAACAUUUUUCUUCAACAAGCAGAAAAGAACGAAAUAAUAAUAUAAAUAUGAAAGGUUUCUUUUCAAAUGGACGUUAUAAUAAAUUAUUAAGUAUAAAGAAAAUAUUUAUGAUAUUCUAUAAUUAUUUGAGGAAAUGUCAUUUUAUAGAUAAAAAAAAUUCUUGUAAAAAUUUAUAUAAAUCAUUUUUAAAAAAAUAUUUAAAAUCAGCUAAUGUAUAUUUACAAUUUGUAGCUUAUAUUAUAUUCUCUAUAUAUGAUUUUAAUUCAUUAGCAAAAAAAUAUUUAGAUUAUAUACACUUAUACAGUGAUAUUAGUAAAUAUAAUAUAUUCCUUCAUAUAUUAAAUAUUGAUGAAGACUAUGAUAAAGUAUAUAUAUAUCAAAUAUUACAAUUAAUAUAUCAUCCAUAUUUCUAUCUAAUGUAUAAAUUAUAUAAAUAUCUAAAAAUAGAUGCCUCACCAAUAUUAUUACAUGACUUUUAUGAAAACACGGAAGAAUUUACAAAUUCACCAUCUUUAUUUCAACCAAGCAAAAAUUAUUUCACUCUAAUUAAAAAGCAUUUUAAAAGAAAAUGUGUAAAUUGUAAUAAACCUCCAAAAAGAAUACUUAUCUGUCUUUAUUGUGGUUCAACUGUAUGUCUGCAUGAAGGUGACCGUCUGACCGGACCCCUAUCACAAACUAUAAGUAAAUGUGUAUACCAUACAACUAUAUGUGGAGGAGAGCAAUGUUUAUACUUAUGUUUAAAUACAUCAUCGGUAUUGUUUACUAGUGAAAACAGAUUCGAUUUUAUGUGUGGACCUUAUGUCGACAAAAAUGGAGAUGUGGACUAUCAUUUAAAGAGAGGAAAAAAUUUAUACCUUUCUUCUUAUAAGUUGAACAAACUUUUUGACAUUAUUAUUAAUUCAGCAGUUGAUGUUGAAAUAUAUAAGCAUACGUUGAAAUCAGAAUAA